CAAUUUUUUCUUUACACAUUCUAAUUCAAACAAAAAUAGUUUUUAUGCAAUUUUGAUAGGGUUAGCCGACCAACGAGAGCAAAGGAUUCAUGGAUGAAUUGCAAGUCACGAGGAUUCUAGCACAUCAAAUCAUAAAUUGGAUUGAGGCGCGAAUUGAUCAUGUGGAAGACUUCAACCAAAAUGCUAUAUACAUUGCACAACUUGAUGUUGUUUUGCAGUUUAUGCAAACAUGUGUUUUAGACGCUCAAGAUGUUUUAAAUCCGCCAGCUGUAAUCGUGGAUGAAUUGCAUGACACGAGGUUGCUAGCAAAUCACAUCCUAAAUGAGAUUGAAGUGCAAAUUAAUCAUGUGGAAGCCUUCAACCAAAAUGCUGUUCACGUUGCACAACUUGAUGUUGUUUUGCAGUUUAUGGAAACAUUUGCUUUGGUUGCUCAACGUGUUUUAAAUCCGCAAGCAUUCCAGGCCGUUCCUCCUCCAGAUGAAUUGUAUGCCAGGAGGAUGCUAGCACUUCAAAUCUUAAAUGGGAUUGAGGCGCGAAUUCAUCAUGUGAAAACCUUCAACCAAAAUGUUGUACACAUUGCACAACUUGAUGUUGUUUUGGAUUUCGUGGAAGUAUUGGGCAUCAUUGCUCAUGAUUUAGUAGAUCCAUUUCAGGCAGCUCCUCAGCUAGGUGAGGAGGGUAUUGACGACAACAUGUAAAACUCGACGUUCCAGCCUAAUGACGUUUGAGAAGAAUGCCUCCGUAUGACUUCUUUUAUCUAGAUAUCUUUUUGACUUUCUAUGCUUAGAGAAUUAAAUGUGAUCCUUGGGA